GCGCGCGCGCACAUCGCGCACAAACGCACGCUCAGGCACGCCCCUUUAAACGCACACUACACCCGCUGGAAAUACAGUACGCGAGGAGAUCGGAUAGUAAAUCCUAUGCGUUUGGUGCAGGAGACGUGCUGUGCAGCCCGCUGAACGAGGAGACAUGAUUGACCGAUAAGAAGGAUUACCUUUGUCAUUUUUUCAUAUAAAAUGGUCAAUCUGAAUAACUGGGAAGCACCGUGUCGAAAAACGAAUGAUUGAAAAUGGGCACAUGUGCGAUCGGAUUAUGCAACGCGAUGAGGACCUUAAACUUAAAACCAUUUUGAUGGGGGAAACAAGAAGAGUCACUUAAGAUGACACGUACGGACAAACCUGAUAUAUUGGUAUCGACUGUGUACGCAGAUAUAGACGUGAACCCCACCUCCGUGGACCUGAAGAUCUCCCCUCCCCCCGCACGAUGUGAUUACCGGAUUCUGAACACAAAGGAGGACAAACUGGAGAAGAACAACAAAAGGUUCUGCCGUAGCUUUGACUUCAUUGAGUCAUUGGACGACCCCGAGACCCUCACGUCCUCCAUGGAGUACCCAUACAGGAGGACUGACAGGCACGUUGUGCACCAGGAUGCUCCUUGGAAUGCUCUGGGCCAGCAAGGGCACCUCCGGUUCUCCUCGCCGGACUUGUUUAACACCAGGCUGCCAGCCCAGCUGGUCGGCUCGGAAAAUAUUGGAGAGCCGGCGGCUUGGCCCAAUGACAACCGCAGAGCUCGGUCAAAGAGUGCCCCCCGAGUUAAGACCACCCUUACUCCUGUGCACUUUGAUGCAUCCCCACCCAUGGUAAGGAGGGGGAGAGAGGUCCAUCGGGGCAACCAGGACCCUACCAGGAGGUCUGAGCUAUCACCGCGCCAGGAGACUGCCAGCACUACCAACCGAGCGCUCGUCAACGAGGUGCAUCCCAUAAAGCUGCAGCCGCAGGGCAGUGAUGCGAGGCGCUACUCUCCGCUUUACAUCCCUGACCGCUUCGAGGAGAACAGGCCCGCCACAAGUCCUCAUGUCCGCUGCCGUGUAGACAUCAAGCCAGAUGAGGCCGUUCUGCAGCACACUGCAUGGAAGUCCAUGCCCCGAUCCGAAGUGCCCUGGCAACGCUACUCCAGCGGAGGGAGCCGCAGCUUGACUGUGCCACGUCAAGUCCCCAGCUCCAGGACACCAACGCCAACAGAUUCCCUAAGUGGGGAAUACCGGUAUCCAUACCUUUAUUCUAACUACUUACCAAACAACUAUAUUCAGCCUUUUGAGGUUGCAAUGCAGAGGAUGCCUUCGCCCACAGAGUCAAGGGGGUACUUUGGGAGAGAACGCAGGGCUCACUCAAGUCCUAACGUGCCAGCCAGAUUCUAUUAUGCAGAUGAUCCAGGAAUAUAUACCCCAAGGACUUACUACCAAGAGGAUCCAUAUGGAAUCCCAAGCCAAAACUAUAUACCCAAAGUCCAGUAUAUGCAGAAUCCAAGGAUGGUUCAUACAGUACCUUCUCGGGCUUAUUACCCAGACAUGGAUCCUUACCCUUACCCGUUAUCACCUGUUUAUCCCAAAAAUUACUCCCCAAAUGAUUUGGGGCCAGAUUUUAUCCAGACAUCUCCAUCUCAAUCGUACUAUGAGGACGACCCAAAAUCCUACUCAAUUCAAACCACUCCAUCCAAGAUUUUCUAUGCAAACGAGUCCUUCAUGUCCUCACCAGAACAUCACAUUCUAUCUCGAGGAUAUCAAACAGAAGGUCGCCGGCGGCCGCGGCUGUCCCAGCCUUCCGAUGACUGGUAUGGCUCGAACAUAUCCAGCUAUGCCACUUUCCACCCUUCAGCUCAUACCCCGCAAUACACCUCACCAAAAACAAGGCGAGACCCAGUGCUAACACCCUGGUAUGGUGACUCCUAUGUGGAGCCAGCUCGGCUAGGAGCAGACACCCGACUGUACUCCAAGUCCUGGGACAAUAUUCUCAAUCCUCGCAUUGAGAGGGAGCAUCCAGUCCAUCGUGGUCGAAGCUAUGAGAACCUUCUCUACCAGGAUAAACGCACCUUAUCCCCAGAUGACAGACGCCAACCAGUGGUGGUCAACCUUUCGAGUUCACCCCGGCGAUAUGCUGCUUUGUCCCUCUCUGAAAACUCGUUGACUGACAGGAGCCCGUCGGAUGGUGGAAGGAGUACCAUGAGUAAGUUCUGGUUUGUUACCCCAGAGAUAACCAUCACAGAUAAUGACCUCCGUGCAAGCAACCUCAACAAAACGGAAGUACGCUCUGCUAGCUGGGAUGUACUAGACUCGGGUACUAGUGUAUCUCCAGAAGCAUCUAAACAUGAAUCCAUGUCCUGCUCGGUAGAAUCUACAAAAGGAAAAAUUCACAACAGCUCCUCACUGCAGCAAAGUCUGGAACAGCUCGAUGAGCUUUUAGCAGAUCUUGUCAUUGACUAUAAACCGCCAGUGAGCAGGAGGCCCAGUGAGGACCUGCUAGACCAACUGAAAAAGCUUAUCAAUGACGAUGAAACAACAAAGGAAGAUUCAUCAAAGGAAGGUUCUAAGGGGUCAGAGGAUUCCACCUUACUCAAUAAAGAGCCCACUUUGACAAAGAUGACCUCAGAUGUCGUAAAAGACAUAGAUGGCAGCUCUGACCAACUACAGAGAAGCACAGAGGAGUUUUCACCUGAGCAUAGCCCUGAUGAGGAUGGUACCAUGACGUGCUCUAACAAUAAGUGCCAGCGAACAGACACAUUGUUUAAUGCCUGCCUCUACUUCAAGUCCUGUCACAGCUGCUAUACCUACUACUGCUCACGGAACUGUCGCAGAGAGGACUGGGACAUGCACAAAGAGAGUUGCUUGUAUGGUCGCAUCACCAGCGUGUGCAGGAACGUCCUUAAGUACUGCCGGGAAACAGGGGAGGUUCACAAAGCCUUCUCGCGUAUUGCCAAAGUAGGCUAUCUCUCCCGCGGAAGGGGCAUCCUUUUCCUGGGCUUCCCCAACCCAGGCUCAUCUAAAAACUUUCUGAAGUUCGGCCUCGAGAGCCUACUUAUGUCCCCCACCUACUUGUCCCUCAGAGAGCUGGACGGUUUCAAGGAAAACUUAGGUGAAUACUGCAAGGAACUACAGUCAGUUGGCAAUGAGUAUGACCCUUGCGAAUGUUUCCUUCUCAAUGUGUCCAUUGCUGUCGGUGACCAAGUGCCUGAUGGGCCCUCACCCAGAGUACAAGCCCAAGCUGUCAGGAAGUAUGCCAAGGUGGCUCUGGCCUCUUGCAGCCCAGAGAAGACCAGGAAUGUGUCCAGGAAGGAAAGCGACAUGGAGACUCUCAUCCUAACUCCACCACCUGGGACCACAGAUAUCGAUAAGGAAGGGGAGGAGGGGCAGAAAGCCCGCGAGAUAUGCUUCAUCAAUAUCCAGCGUGAGCUCAGGACCAGGGGAGUGUUCUUGCGACACGAGUACCCAGAUGUCUACCAGCAGCUCUGUGAGUUUGUGGAGAGCAACAAGAGGUUCACGCCAACCACCAUCUAUCCUAUUGACAAGAGGACUGGCAAGCAGUUCAUGUGCAUGAUCAUGGCUGCAUCUGAACCAAGAACUUUGGACUGGCUUGGCACUCCCAAUCUCCUAGACGACAUCAUAUAGCUGAGUUUGUCUUUCAUAUGAUGUAUGUAUAGAAAUAGAUAUAUAUUGGUAUACAAAUAUAUACAGUAUCAAGCCUAUUUAUUAUAAAUGUUCGCAGACAUAUUUUACUAUUAACAAAGGAGAUCUUGAAGUUUUUAGUUGCCGGUAGUAUUCACAAUGGGAACUUAUUGCCUGAGUUGUGGAAUGAGUGUGGUGUACAGCGUUGUAUUAGAUUUCCACUGUAAUGGGUACAUGGUGCACUAUAUUGUAAUUUAUCUGGUAUUUGUUUGGUAAUCAGCCUAGUCUUUUCCUAGUCUUCUCAAUAUUUCACAUUGCAUUUCUUGUGUUGUGAUAGAUCAUCCACAUUUGCGAUUUGGGCGGCACAAUUUUCGGUGUCAGCCAUGGGUGAUUGUGAGUCUCACCAAAUAAUUUCGAUUUGGCGGUGAAUUUUUACAAGAAAACAUCAUUGACUAUUUGAAAGGGAGAAAUAUAUUCUGCUAUAUCUUCAUGCUGGCAGAUCCAUUCCUUAUACGGUCAAUGUGCUUAGCCUGUCUGAAAAAUCAAUCAGAAUAAUUUAAAGUUAAAUUCUUUGUAACAUUCAAAUGCGAUGGAUUGUUUUUUAUUUGAGUUAAGGAGCGUGACAUGAAAGCUGUCUAAUCUGAGUUGAAAUCUUAAAAUCCAUAAAUAAACCCGCGAAAAGGGAAAUAUUUCAUCACAAUGAUCACAAUUUUGGGUUCCUCCAUUUAUCCAAUUUUAAGAACUGAUAAACGCAACUAAAAGAAAGCUUUACUACUCAGUCUUUUCUUAGGUAAUAUGAUGAUACGGUGUAUGUAUCAAUAUAAUCUUAAUGGAUUAUAAACAUAUUUAGAAUAUCUUGUACAUGAAAAAUUUAUUUCAAAUUCUUGUUAUCUUUAAAUGUUCAGCAUUUGCAUAUGACUUUAAGACGGCAUAAAAUAAAUACUUGUACUUCUGUUGGCUUAUCUUAAAUCCCAUUUAGACUGGCCUUACAAAGCUUAGUCACAAUAAGUGAAAAAUCUGUUAUUUAGUUUCUAUCCAGACGUACUCCCACAUGAUUUUUAAGCCACAUUGCUUGCCACUAAAUGCAAGCUCAGAUGAUAUGCUGACAGCUUUUUCUCACCAGUGGAAAGGUGACACUUUUUUGAGAAAUUUCUUUUAGCUGAAUUAAAGCCCCAAUGAUUCAACUAAAGUAAAGGAGGCCAGAAAGGAAUAUUUCUCACUUGAGCUAGGAAAUAUCCUUUUUUUAUUAUUAACAUUAAAAACAUUGUGAAUUCUAAAGCAAGUACCACUUGCCAACAGAAGUGUUAAACAUUGUCAUUAAACAGUCGAGCAUAUUCUGCCGUUCACAUAAAUACAUUCUAACUGCUCCAGUUUGCCCCCACAGUCGAAAGACGUGCAGUUUAACUGAACUGGGCAGUAUAUUGAUGGAUGAGUGAUAUUAACUUUGGUCCUUUAUACACAUCAUUGAGUCGACAUUGUUGACCAAAGUUAUCUCCUGGCAUGAGAGAUGGCAAUUUCAGGUCCAGAAAGUGUAAAUCCAGACCAUGAUUUACUUUCAACCAACCAGUGGAGCGUAAAGAGUCACAGUAACAGAGGACUCAUCUGGUAGGUUGAAAGUAAAUCAUGGUCUGGAUUUUCACUUUCUGGACCUGAAAUUGCCACCUCUGCCUGGUAUACUAAUAUAACUGCUAAAUAAUUGAGAUUUAUAUGUCUAUAGCACUGCAGUCAUACACAUACUGCUUUUUAUCAUUGCUAAUAUGUGCUGUAAUGAAAUAUAUACUGGUAUUAACUGUGUUGAAGCUGCCCACAUCUCGAACAAAAUGACAUUUUCUGAGAUAAUGACUCUCCUGUCAUUCAGAGUGGAUGCUAAUUUCCUUACAAUGUAAUUUUGUUUCUUCAACCUAUUGAUCUAAAAAUUAAUUAAAGAAUCAUAGUAAAUGAAAUGUUUCCUGUUUGUCAUGCUACUAUAUUAUUUUCAUAAUAUUACUCCUCUGCAUUUAAAUCUUUAACUAAAACAUUACAGUAAUCAGAUAUAAUUAUAACAAUACCAUUUUUUUUUCAUAAAUCCUUAGACUUUUUUAGAUUUUGGACACUCGAAAAGAGAGUGUUGUAGAGCAGCGGUUCACAAGGGGUUUAGCAUCUGGACCCACAGUAUUUUGUUAUAUAUUUAUAUAUUUAAUUAUUCCACCCGGAGCUCACAGUAAAACAAACAAAGAAUAUUUCCAGAUAAGGGCUGACAAAAGUCUGACAAGACAAAAAAAUUUCAAAAUAAUUUUUUUUAGCCACACAAUCCAUAACGCAGUGAAAAUGGUUCCGUGACCCACUUUGGGGUCAUGCCCCCCCGGUUAAGAACCACUGUUCUAGAAUCAUCUUCAAGAACUGCCAUGUGACACUAGUUUGAGCACAACAUUCACUAUGGCGCUAUCUUACACCAGAAGUCAGCCAUGCAUAUCACUCUUCUUACUCUCCCCAGUUUAGAUUCUUGAUAUGAGCGCAUUUGAGGACAGAACCCUACAUAUCAAACAUCCACUCCACCACCUCCCACCAUAAUCUGCAGCUCAGGCUCUUGAGCACAGGUUUAUAUGUUUGAGAAUAGUCACUGCUGUAUGCGUGAUUCCAAAACUCGAUCACGUACACCUAAAUGCUUUGUGGGUCAGUAUAAUCACUGUACGAUGCAAUGAUAGGAGAGGAUGGUUUUUUUUAAUGCAUGGUAGUCUUGCCAUUUUAUCCCAAUGAUGUGCUUUCUGGUGAUGUAUAUUGAAAAACCUGCUUGUAAAAUAUUUUUUUUAAUGCUACAAGUAGCUUUUUGGUUUAGAAUAUUAUAUAUAUCAUCUUCUUGACUACUGCAGUCUGGUGGUUUUGUUUAAACUGUUACCUUAGUUCCUCAAAUACGGAAACCUCUCAGUGUAAAAGGUCUGUAAGUUUAUGAUGCUCUGUAUCUUUACUUUUUUUUUUAAAAAUAACAUCCUUUGUUUGACUGCUGACUAUUUAUAACCUACAUUUAAUAAA